AUGCGCUACGGCGGGGACGACGGCGGCGGCGCCGAGGAGGAGCACCUCGACCACCCCCUCAUCGCGGGGCUCAAGUCGCUCCGCCGCCGCGCCGCCGCGUGGGGGACCCGCUGGCCCGAGGCCGACCCGCUCCUCUGCCUCCGCCCCUUCCUCGACGUCGUGCGCUCCGACGAGACCGGCGCGCCCAUCACCGGCUCCGCGCUCUCCUCCCUGCACAAGCUCCUGUCCCUCGACCUCGUGGCGCCCGGCGGGGGCGCCGCCGAGGCCAUGGGCGCCGUCGUGGAGGCCGUCACGGGCUGCCGCUUCGAGGUCACCGACCCGGCCUCCGAGGAGGCCGUCCUCGCCCGGGUCCUCCAGGUGCUGCUCGCCUGCGUGCGCGGCCGCGCCGCCCCCGCGCUCUCCAACCGCCACGUCUGCGCCAUCGUCACCACCUGCUUCCGCGUCGUGCAGCAGGCCGGCACCAAGGGGGAGCUCCUGCAGCGCGUCUCCAGGCAGACCAUGCAGGAGGUCAUCCGCUGUGUCUUCGGCCGCCUUGCCGACAUUGAACCCACCGCCAUCGUGAACGAGCAGAUUAGCAAAAACCAAGAUUUGGGUGCUGAGGAGCUAGGGAAUGGGAAGAGUGAUUAUGUUUGUUUGAAUAGCUCCGGGGAUGAGGUCGGAGGUGGAUUUGGUGCCGUUCAAGACAAGGACAUGAUGGAGUCGCUUGGGGUUCCUUGCAUGGUGGAGAUAUUACAGUUCUUGUGCUCCCUCUUGAACAUAGCCGAAGACAUGGAUGUGAGCCAAAGGAUGAAUGUUAUUGAUUAUGAUGAGGACGUGCCCCUCUUUGCUCUGGGGUUGAUAAAUUCUGCCAUUGAGUUGUCAGCUUCGUCCAUCCACAGGCACCCAAAGUUGCUGGCUUUUGUACAGGAUGAACUGUUCCACAAUCUAAUGCAGUUUGGCUUGUCAAUGAGCCCCUUGAUUCUGUCGACAGUGUGCAGCACUGUUUUUACUCUCUUCUACCAUUUACGUCAGGAACUUAAGCUGCAAAUUGAGGCUUUCUUCUCGUGUGUGAUCCUAAGAUUAGCCCAGGGUAGAUAUGGAGCUAGUUAUCAGCAGCAGGAAGUCGCCCUGGAGGCUCUAGUGGAUUUCUGUCGGCAGAAAGAGUUUAUGGCUGAGAUGUAUGCAAACAUGGACUGUGAUCUACAGUGUUCGAAUGUUUUUGAAGACCUAGCUAAUCUUCUGUCUAGAAGUGCAUUCCCUGUAAACAGUCCAUUGUCUGCAUUGAAUGUCCUUGCAUUGGAUGGUUUGGUUGCUGUCAUUCAGGCGAUAGCAGAGAGGACUGAUCAUGCACAUCAGCAUCAUGGGCAGACAGUGCCAGAAAUUAGUGAAUAUUUUCCUUUUUGGCAGUUGAAGUGCGAGGGCAGUAAUGAUCCUGAUCAAUGGGUUAGAUUCGUUCACCAGCAAAAAAGCAUCAAGAGAAAGCUAAUGGUUGGUGUUGAGCAUUUCAAUAGGGACAAAAAGAAGGGCUUUGAGUACCUGCAAGGUGUCCACCUAUUGCCUGAAAAACUUGAUCCACGAAGUGUUGCUCUGUUCUUUCGGUACACACCUGGAUUGGACAAGAACCUUCUUGGGGAAUACCUUGGGAAUCAUGAUGAGUUCUCUAUUCUGGUACUUCACGAAUUUGCUAAAACUUUUGACUUUGAGGAUAUGAACUUGGACGCUGCCCUAAGGCUCUUCUUGGAAACUUUCCGGCUGCCUGGUGAGUCACAAAAGAUACAGCGGAUUCUGGAGGCCUUCUCUGAGAGGUAUUAUGAACAGUCACCACACAUGUUUGUUAAUAGGGAUGCUGCUCUGGUGCUGUCGUAUUCAGUAAUUAUGCUCAACACAGAUCAACACAAUGUAAGGGUUAAGAAGAAGAUGACUGAAGAAGACUUUAUCAGGAACAAUCGUCGUAUCAAUGGUGGGAAUGAUCUUCCGAGGGAGUUCUUGUCGGAGCUGUUUUAUUCUAUAUGUCGGAAUGAGAUCAAAACCAUUCCCGAGCAAGGAGCUGGAUGCUCUGAGAUGUCUUAUAGCCGCUGGGUCGAUCUGGUGUGGAAGUCAAAGAGGACAUCAGUGUAUAUUGCUUGUGACUCCUACCCUUUUCUUGAUAAUGACAUGUUCCCUAUCAUGGCCGGACCAUCAGUUGCUGCUAUCUCCGUGGUUUUUGAUAAUGUUGAGCAUGAGGAGAUUCUUACAGGAUGCAUUGAUGGUUUUCUAUCUGUAGCAAAGCUGGCUGCAUUCUAUCAUCUCGAUGAUGUAUUGAAUGAUCUUGUUGUGGCACUGUGUAAGUUCACCACUUUGUUGAACAGUUCUUAUGCUGAUGACCCUGUAAUAGCUUUUGGGGUGGAUACCAAGGCUAGAAUGGCAACAGAGGCGGUCUUCACAAUUGCAACUACUUAUGGUGAUCAUAUACGGAGCGGAUGGAGGAAUAUAGUAGAUUGCAUUCUAAGACUGCACAAAAUAGGCCUUCUUCCGGGUCGCCUCACUGGCGACACGGGUGACGAUCAGGAGUCGUCUUCAGAUUCAUUGCCUAGCAAGCUUGGUUCAUAUGCACUUGCAGUUGCACCUCAAGCCUUACCAAUCAACACCCCUAAAAAAACAUUUGGGCUGAUGGGGAGGUUUAGCCAACUACUGUACUUGGAUACUGAAGAACCAAGGUCCCAGCCAACUGAAGAGCAACUGGCAGCUCAGAGGAAUGCUUUGGAGACCGUAAAGAAAUGCCAAAUAGGUACCAUCUUCACCGAGAGUAAAUUCUUACAAGCUGACUCACUCUCAAAUCUGGCAAGAGCCCUCAUUCAGGCAGCAGGCCGACCUCAGAGGAUAACCAGCUCGCUUGAUGAUGAAGGCACAGCAGUGUUCUGCUUAGAGCUCCUAAUUACUGUCACAUUAAACAACAGAGACAGGAUUGUGCUUUUGUGGCAGGGUGUUUAUGAGCACAUAACCCAUAUUGUCCAGUCCACAGUGAUGCCUUGCAAUCUGGUGGAGAAGGCUGUGUUCGGGCUCCUGCACAUCUGCCAGAGGUUGCUUCCUUACAAAGAGAAUCUGGUAGAUGACUUACUGAGGUCACUGCAGCUGAUUUUGAAACUUGAUGCUCGUGUAGCUGAUGCUUACUGUGAGAACAUCACGUUGGAGGUCACACGACUUGUGAAGGCCAAUGCAACCCAUAUCAAAUCUCAGAUGGGCUGGCGGACUAUAAUUUCCUUACUCUGCGUCACUGCUCGUCAUCCUGAUGCUUCUGAUGCUGGCUUUGAAGCUCUGGUUUUCAUCAUGUCUGAUGGAGCACACCUCUCACCUGCCAACUUUAUCAUUUCUGUGGAGGCCUCAAGGCAGUUUGCAGAAUCUCGGCUUGGGUCUGCAGAGAGAUCUAUCCAUGCCUUGAACCUAAUGGCUGACUCAGUAAAUUGCCUUACACGCUGGUCACGUGAGGUCAAGGAAGCUGGUGGCGAAGCAGACAGGAUAUUGGAAGGAAUCGCUGAGAUGUGGCUGCGGCUAGUGCAGGCAUUGAGGAAAGUGUGCACGGAUCAGAGGGAGGAAGUGAGGAACCAUGCGCUAUUAUGUUUGCACAGAUGCUUAGUAGUUGAUGGAAUAUCAGUUUCCUCUUCUGCAUGGUUGAUGUCCUUUGAUAUUAUCUUCCAGUUGCUUGACGAGUUGUUGGAGAUUGCUCAGAGUUACUCACCAAAGGAUUUCAGAAACAUGGAGGUGUCCCUCUUGCAUGCCGUGAAACUGUUGUGCAAGGUGUUCUUGCAGUCACUUAAAGACUUGUCCGCACAGAGCAGUUUCAGCAAGCUGUGGUUGGAAGUCCUCGACAUGAUAGAGAAGUUCAUGAAAGUGAAACUGAGAGGGAGGAGGACUGAGAAGCUACAUGAGGCAAUCCCUGAGCUACUGAAGAACAUACUACUGGUGAUGAAAGCAAAUGGUGUACUGUCAAAGACAAGCGCCAGCGAGGAGAACACGCUGUGGGAAGCAACAUGGCUUCAAGUCAACAAGGUCGCGCCAGCGCUUCAGCCAGAGGUUUUCCCUGACAAUGAAAGCGAUUCCGCAGCAGAAGGCGAGCAGAGCAAGUCGGAGAGUUCAGCACAGGAGGGCCAAACUGCUGAGCAAUAG